UCCUCCAGUAUCCCGGAGGGCAGUGCGGCGCCGUCACCCACCGUGCCUGUGUGAUGGUGUAAACAGCCUCACAGCGGCGCAGGCAGGGGCCGGCCUCAGGCUCAGGCCUCAGCCUCAGGCCUGUCACAGGGGCGUGUGGACACUGAGUCAGGCAGUCACGUAGUUCACCAGCCGGGACGAGGCUGCAGUUGGCCGGAGCGGCGGCAACUCUCUCUGGAGCGUGUGAUGCGUGAAGUUGGCGGCCGAGCAGGUGCCGGAGUGAGCGGCCCCGGAGGCUGCAGAAUUAUAUCGUGGAUUGUGAAUUUUGCAAACUGAAUACAAGAUAAUGGCGUCUGCUGCGGAGGAUUUGACGAUGGAUAGCCAAUUUUCACCGAAAGCAGGAACGAGCAAAAUUCCACAGGGUGUGCAGGCAGACGCAUCACCGGAUGCAAAAUGUCCCAUCUGUCUGGACAGAUUUGAGAACAUGUCCUAUAUUGAUCGCUGCUUUCACAAAUUCUGCUUCCGCUGUAUUCAGGAAUGGUCCCGCAACAAAGCGGAAUGCCCCCUGUGCAAGCAGCCCUUCAGUUCCAUCUUCCACAGCGUCCGAACAGAAAGUGAUUUUCAGGAAUAUGUACUUAAGGCAACAGAGAAUGGUUCCUUUGGCAGUCCUGAUGGGCAGAGGUUUAGAUACAGGACAACACUGACCCGGGAUCGGAGGAUGACGUUUCAGUCUCGCAGGUCUCUGGUGACCUCAUCGCUCCCUGAUAACGGGGUCGUGUUUGAGGGACUUGGACGUCAAUCUCGAUCGCUCCAGGGACGCAGCUUACGGCGCAUGAUAGCGAGACUGGGAGCAAGGAGGAGAGCACAGUCCGAGGGCAGGUCAGUGAGGAUCUUCCAAGAGCAGGAGAUGGUCAACUUCAGACGGGAGCUGUACCGCUCGGGAGUGCGCGUCAGAAACGUGCAGGACGGUGGUCGCUACCGGGACAUCUCGGCGGAGUUUUUCCGCCGGAAUGCGGCCUGUCUUCACAGGCUGGUGCCCUGGCUAAAGCGCGAACUCUGCGUCUUGUUCGGCUCCCAUGGUUCCGUGGUCAACAUAGUGCAGCACAUCAUCAUGUCUAACAUAACCAGGUACGACCUGGAAAGCGAAGCUUUUCAAGAGGACCUGAGGCCCUUUUUGCUCAGCCGCACUGACCAUUUCUUGCACGAGUUCAUAAGCUUUGCCCGCGCCCCGUUUAACAUGGAAGCAUACGACCAGAGAGCUAAUUAUGACUGUCCAGCUCCCUCCUACGAGGAAGAAAGCGACUCCGAUUUAUCUGUCAUAACUAUAUCGCCCGAGAUGGAGAACAUUCAGGAAGAAGAUCGACCAGUCCCUAAUCCUUCAGAGAUGGCUCUAAGCCUAAGUCAGACGGCCUGGGAUGACGAAACUCCUGGCCCCUCCUAUUCAAUUGCAGAAACAGUGGAGCAGGGGGAUUCCUCUCCCGCCGAGACGACUGUAUCUAUAGAAACUCCCCCACAGGCUGGCCCAUCCUCACAGAGCAUAUUGAUAAAGACUGACCCGGGCUCGAAUGAAGAAAGCGCUAACCGUUCGGGUGACGACUGCUUGAUAAUGGGUUAUGUGAAGCCUCUUGCUGAAAGGACACCCGAGUUGAUUGAGCUAAGCUCAGAUACUGAGGCUUCAGUUCCUGACACUGACAACAAGGUAGUCAAGCAUCCUGUGCAUUUACGGUUCCAUAGCAGCCAGAGUAGCAGCAGCAACAGCAGCAACAAGAUCAGCGGAUUUUCCUCUUCCUCCACUCCCUCCUCUCCCUCCGCUAGAUCUUCUGAGUCCAAAGAACAAUGGAAAAGGAAAAAAAACAAGAGGAGAAAGCACGGUCGAUCAAAAAGGGAGGAGCACCGAGGUCACAAGAAAAGCUGUCACUCUGGGGACAGUACUUCCUCCUCAUGCAGGGACAGGACAAGGAUUUCGAGCCGGAGUAAAAGCACUUCCAAAGGUAGAUCCGUGUUACGUUCGCAUAGCAGAGACGGGCACGAUUCCCAGAGGCACCAGCAGGCGAGGAGCAGAGAUAGAGGUGCACUGACCCACCCUGAAUCCAGCCGAGAUGGACACAGGGACAAGGGUUGGAAAAGAAGGAGCAACCGAGAUCGGUCUUCCUCACGGGACCACGCAGGAUCGGGGAGUAGUGAUAGUCGGACGCACUGGAACUGGGAGCAGCGGAGGAGAAGGUGGAAGGAGCGAGACAGGAAGUCCUCUGGGAGAAGUCUGAAACAGCCACGGCACAGCGACAGCCUGGUCUACAGGCCCAGGGAUAGAUCGCGGUCUCGGAACAGGGGCUAUGCUAUUGCAAGGGAAGAAAGGAGGUCCAGGAGUAGAGAGAGGAUGUACAGUUACAUGCGAGAGUACCAGGAGAGGAGCCGAGGUUAUUCCUACCAGUGGGAAAAGUACAGCUACCACAGCAGAACCAAUGAUGGUCACGACUCUGUAACCAGGACCAGAGCUCACUAUAGGAGAGGCUCUCCCAGUUCAGAUUAUAGGAUUCAAUCCAGCUCUGAGAGCACAAGCUUUAGAAGCCCAAGUAGCCACAGGGAAGAUGUUUUCUACCAUUACGGGAGUUAUAGGUCAAGAAGCCCAUCGUCUAGGUUUAGAGUCACUGGUAGAACUGAGAAAAUGAGGCAAGAAAAACCUGGGGGGAAGAGAAAAUAUAAAACCCAUUAUUUAGAGAGUUCCUCUAAUAAACGCAGUACUAACACAGCUUUGCAGGUUACUAAUGUAUCCGAGGGACAUGCGAUACCCAGAAAUGAGAGCGCUUCUCCUGGGCGUCUCUCACAAUGCAGCAGCAGUCGUAAAAGUAGUCAUCGUGAGCCACAUGCUGUGCCAGGCCACCAGGCCCCAUUGAACAGGCUCAGAGAGAAGGACAAGAGGAGCUCGAGUGUGGAAAUAGUGUACGAGGGAAAGGUCACGGAAGCCAGCAAACGGCACAAAAAGAGGAAGAAGCACAAAAAGAAACUGAAGAAGGACCAGAGCAGUGAGGAGUGCGCAGAACGGGCCCCCCGCUCCCCUAUCAUCAUAACCAUCGACAGCCACAGCGACAGCGACGCGGUGGUAGUAUCUAGUGCGCAAUACGACACCAGCGAUUUGGGGCCAGCCGACACUACCCUCAGGCCGACUCAGUGUGAAACGUGUGAGGACAAAAGCACAGCAGAGCCAGAAGAGGACAAGGAUUCCCUGAACACAGCUGUCCCAGCCUCCAGUCAGAUAAGCAGUGAGUCUUUGGACAUCUGCAGUUUGUCCACAGACUCUGACUUUGGUCCUGAAAAUCCAAGUGCGCAGGUUUGCAGCGACCAAGAGGAUGUGGAGCCAGCUUCAGAUACUGAUACCCAUCGGAGUAUGGGAGUGCAGGAGCAAGAGCACGAGUCCCAUUCAAAUAGAACACCUCUUCCCAAAUCAUCUCCAGACAGACCACCUUUGAUACUAAAAAUCCCAAAGAGGUUCCUAAACAGGACCAACUUGUUUCACCAAUCUGCUGGAAACGCAUGAGAACUGUUCAGUACAGAGGUGAAUUUUUUGGGUUGAAAUGGGAAAGCGACUCCUUUUCCAGGGGAGAUUUAUUAAGUUCAUACAAUAGCACUGAGAAAGGAUUUACAAAGGUGCUGUCAGUCACCAAGCUAGUAUCAAAUGUAGAGAAUUGUGUUUUUUUUUAAAUAAAUACAAAAAUGCUUGUGAAUGGUUGCUACCACUGUACAGAUCAUUCAGCUGUUCAGGUGCCUGUGUGACAAGAUGUUACUGUAUGUUUUUAAAAAUAUGUAUAUUGGAAAGUUUCUAAACUUGAUUGUGUUAGGGACAGCUCUGAAAAUGUUAACAUGUUUUUUUCAGCUGUUUUUGUUAUCAUUUAUUUUAACAUAGCCAAAGUACAUCAUACAACCUUUGUUUUGCACUAGGCUAUCUGUAAUCAUGUCCAAACUGAUGGACAUCACCACCAUGAACCAAUACAAUGGUACCUAGGGUUGUGUAAAGAAUUGAGGUUCAGAAAUAAUCGCCAACUGUAUGGAAUAUUUCCUCUAUUUGUGAAGCUUUACAGAAAAAGUUAACCAUAGCUUGGUGGAUUGCCCUGAGGCAAUGACAGCAGAUUGUACAUUUACUCUCUGAGCUGGUAGGCACAAGAAACAAAAAUUAGAAUAAAGGCAAUUUGAACUUGUUGAGGUCUUGAUAGAAGUCCUUGCUGAGGAACAACUAUAACAAUCAACAGGUCUUGGCACCUCUUGCACCUCUGAAGAAUGUCUGGCCCAAAGUUUUUGAGUAAUUUUUAUAAAGUAAUUUUGAUGAUUUUUAAUUUUGUGCUUCUAAUCGUGAGGGAAGUUAUUGCUGGGAAAUGGAACCCUGUCGGAUUUUGGACACCCUGUUUCAGUCUCAAGUCCUCCCAGAUCAGAUGUAGCAAAGCCAACUGCAGAGUAAAAUUCCCUUUAUUAAGACUUCAGCAAUUGCCUUACUCAACCUCAGAAGAGCACCCCUAUAUGUACCAUAUUGACAUUUCUGUCCCCCAGGCUACUCUUGAUAAGGAGUGAGUUCAGACCGCCCACAGAUCCUUACAGCAACCAAACCAAUGAGAAUUUUCCAAUCUGUCUGGGUUAAACCGAAGAGUAGGUGCUUCUGAUUGGUGAAAAUUGGAAAAAUUCGGAAUAAAAUCUCUCAACUAAAAUCACGAUUGGAAGACAGCUGGAGAUUUCAACGUGCUGUGGAUUUGUGGUUAUGAACAAACACAUUUUGUUGUCUCGAGUCCUGGUAAUAGUGACAGGCUAUAUUUAGUGCCACCUUCAUAUUGGGGAUAAACAGUUAUGUUUCUCAUUUUGUAAAUAUUUGGAAGAAUGAGGUGAAAUGUACCAAAAUACCUACCCUUGCCAUUUACCAUUACAGCUGUUUCUUAAAUGAAUCAAGUCAAUUGCAGCUGCUGAUUUCCAGUCAUUGAUAAUGUUUACUAUCAUUUGUGUAACAGGACGGAAUAAGUCCAUUUACAUUUGGUGCAAUCUACACACGGUGGCCAGAGGAAGUGCCUAGCCUUUCUCUUUGAUUUUAUUUCUUUUUCUUUAUUUUCACUCUUUGUCCUACUUCCACUGUUCUUGGCAGGUCUUGAUUAAAAUCCUAUUUAUGAUUUUUGUUUAAAAAAA